AUGGGUAAAUCAAUAAGCGGAGAAAAUUUUGUUCUAUUUAUUCUUAAGAUUGUCGGAGGACCGUUAGGAAAAAGCUAUUCUUGUUCGUAUGCCUCGGGCAGAUUUAUCUACACGAUAAUAUUAAGUUCGUUCAGUUGUGCGCUUUUUACAAUCUGUAUGCUCGACCUCAGAAGUAUGCUGUAUUGUCAGCAGGACUUGGUGUUGAGCGUGAUCGACUUGCUACUGUUGCUCGGAAUCGCAUUCGCGUUGUUUGCAAUACAAUUUACGACGUUAGUAAGAUACCUGAAACAAUCGCAACCAUCCAUUUUCCAGUGCUUGGAAGAACUCGACGGGCAAUUGUACGCGCUCAACGUGGGCAUCAAUUCUUCUGCUUCGUUCGCAACGAAUUGCAUCACAAUUUUCAUCGUAACCACGUUGGUAGUGAUUACUUAUCUACUGUCCAAUGUACCGCGGAUGGAGAUCAACAGUUUACAAACAGUUGCCUUCAAUUGCUACGGACUUUUUACGAUCUUUCUCAUGCACGGAAUUAACUUGGUCCUUUGCCAUCAGCUACGAAAAAGAAUUCGAUACAUGGUGGUGCAUCUGGAGAAAAUGAUCCGUUUGGAUAGAUCUUGCUCAAAAUUGGCUAGAGAUUUAAGGUCUUUGGCAAUCGUCCAAACGAACUGUUUCAAGGCGGUAGCCUGUUUAAACGACGACUGUGGACUUAUCAAUGUAACGCUAUAUGCAUUAUUUUUCUACGUGUUAACAUCCAAAAGCUUUCAGUUGUUCUAUAUUUGUUCAAUACAGUUUAAAAAGCAUGGCUUCUCAGUCACCGAUGUCCUUGAACCAACUGCAUUGGUGGUGUCGGUCUUUUCUUAUUUUGUCGCUGCAACGCACCUUGGCGAAACUGUUCAACGGGAGACACAGCUGGUAGUUAAUAAUUUGCAUAAAUUUGAAUCGAUGCUACUCACUAAACAGCGUAAUGCGAAGUAUUACGAAACAAACCUAUCGGAACUUGUGGAGCAAAUUGGGCAACAAAUACUCCAUCAACCAGUGUGCUUUACGGUGAUGAACUUUUUUCAAAUUGAUCUCAAAUUUUUUCAUCUGGUAAUGGCAUCAGUGGCAACAUAUCUAAUCAUAUUGCUACAAUUUGAUUUUCAAAGUUAA